AUGUCUAAUCAAAAGACUCGGAGGGCGACUUCAUCCCACGACUUGAUGGUCCUGCAUCGACUCGUCCCACAACAUCCUCGGAACCGUCCUCUGAGCAUCAUUGCCCGUGCAGUCGGUGGCAUCAAUGACUCGGAACAGCUUCGGCCAGUGCAUCCAUCCUCUUGGUGGUGGCCGCCACGAGGCAUGCCCAACGGUCUAUACCGCGAUGUCGUAGGACGGCGCAGCAGAUGCAUGGCGCUCUUCUACGCAGCGACAUUGAUGCAGUGGAUGUUUAUGCUUCUGCAGCUUUGUAUCUCUGCUGUCCUCACGGCACUUGGUUCCGUUGCUAUCAAAAACGGUACACCAAUCACUGUUCUCGGUGCUGUCAACACUAUCAGUGCUGGCAUCCUGGCCUUUAUUCACAACAGUGGUAUCCCCGAUCGCUACCGCAAGGACAUGGAAGAGCUCAGGGAAGUGGAAGAUCAUAUUAAAGAGCUUCUGGAUUCCGGCAUUGCCCCAGAGGGGCUGAAGGCGGAGCAAAUCAUCGCGGAAUGUUUCGAUUUGUUCCAAGAUGCCAAGGCCACUGUCACUGCCAAUCUACCAGACAGUUAUCGCCAGCGACAGACAACACCUGUGCGACGACAACCUCCAGCACCCAACUCAAACCCAAACCCUAGCGAGCCGAGCGGUGCAACUCCUGCGGUGUCUGGUGCAGAGAAGCCGUCGGAUACCAAGGCCAACACUUCCAACUGA